UUUUUUCAAUGUUCUCUAUAAACUAAUACAUAAAAUUUAAAUAAAGCUUUGGCUUUAGCAAGCAAUGCAAAAGCAUGGAGGAAGAGUCGAAGUUGCUUCGUUGUAAAUUCGAUGGAAAAGUGAAGAGUUGGCUCAGCGAUUCGGUGUUCAUUAGUAUUCUUCACUCCAUCGCCCCAUUUAAACGAAUCGUUCGGGAUUGUGUUUCUGGGAACUGAAUCUGCUGUAGAUGGGAUUUUCCUGGUCUGUGCUUCGAUUGAGGUUGAUUUCAGACAUGGGUUUCUUCUGACUUCACUAAGAUAGGGAUUGCUUGGUUGAGGCUGCCAAUGGAACCUCCGAGGGGUUUCUUCUCUUGGCUAUGGAACUUUAUUUGCUUCAUUCCCUUCUUUGUCGGCCUUUUGCUUUUGGGCACCAUUAAAGGUAUCAUUCUGUGCCCUCUGAUAUGUCUCCUAAUGGUAGUUGGAAUCUCUGGUAUCGUAUUAGGCCUUUGGCCAAUGCACUGGUUCUGGACGUAUUAUAGCAUUCUGAGUGCCAAACAACUCGGACCCGUUUUAAAAUUUGUUCUCUGCUUUGGAGCGCUACCCAUUCCCUUGAUUUUGUGGCCAGUGGUCAGCAUAGUUGCAAGUAUCAUUGGUGGAGCUGCAUAUGGAUUUUUUUCACCAAUACUUGCUACGUUUGAUGCUGUUGGAGAAUCAAAGGACAACCAGUUGUUUCAUUGCAUCUAUGAUGGAACUUGGGACACCAUUAAAGGAUGCUGCACAGUUAUUCGAGAUUUUGGGGACUUUUGCUACCAUUCCUACAAAUCAUUCAUGCAGGACCUACGGCAAAGAACACCUCCACAUGGGGAACACUAUGAGAUAAGGUUGCUCUAUCUCCCUGGAGCUUUGAUUGCUGGAGUUCUUGGUAUCGUUGUCGAUGUAUUCAUGAUCUCGUUUAUAGCCAUCUUCAAAAGUCCUAUUAUGCUUUUCAAAGGGUGGAAUCGCUUAUUUCAUGACCUAAUCGGUCGAGAAGGUCCCUUUUUAGAGACAAUAUGUGUUCCAUUUGCGGGUCUUAUUAUCCUACUUUGGCCAUUGGCUGUUGUGGGUUCAGUUUUGGGCUCCAUUGCCUCCAGUCUCUUCUUGGGUGCCUAUGCAGGCAUUGUUGCAUAUCAGGAGUCUUCUUUUUUAUUGGGGCUUCGAUAUAUUGUUGCAUCCUUGUCGAUUUACGAUGAAUACAGCAACGACGUUCUUGACAUGCAAGAGGGAUCAUGCUUUCCCAGGCUGAUUUAUCGAAGAGCGGAUGGACAAUCAUUAACGGCCGGUUUGCAUACAUCCUCCUCAAGCUCAAGACCAAGCUCUUUUCGUGAUCCACCUUCACGCAUGAAUUCACUCAAGGAACCUAUGAUUGAUCUGAAGCCGCUUGAGCUGCUUGAUAGCUUGUUUAAGGAGUGUCAACGCCAUGGAGAAACUAUGGUUUGUGAAGGAAUAAUAACGCCAACAGAUAUUGAAGAUGCAAAGUCAAGCAAAGGAAGCCAAGUUAUUAGCAUUGGCUUACCAGCUUUUUGCAUUCUUGAAGCACUAUUACGCUCUGCAAAAGCAAAUUCAGCUGGACUUCUGUUAAGUAACAAUGUCGAAAUUUCUAGCACAAACAGGCCCAAAGAUACCUUCUUCGAUUGGUUUUUUAACCCGCUUUUGAUAAUCAAAGAUCAAAUAAGAGCAGAAAAUCUUUCGGAGUCAGAAGAGGAAUACUUGUAUAAAUUAGUUCUGGUGAGUGGUGAUCCUGAGAGGUUGAAAAAUUCAACCAUUGUAACGCCUCCAGAAUCCGAGCGAAGACAAGCUGAACUUGAAGCGCUAGCUCGGAGGCUUCGAGGAAUCACUAAAUCCAUCUCAAGGUAUCCAACUUUCAGGCGUCGUUUCGAUAGUCUUGUAAAGAAGUUAUCUGAAGAACUUUCGAAGAAAAAGGGUUCUUCCCAGUCAACUAAUGGGAGUAGGUCAUUAGCAAGGUCAAGGAGCGCAUUUGGCAGAUUGUUCAGUCAGAAAUCUUCGAAUGGCAAAACAAGCUAUAGAGGCUCCGAGAGAGAAUCACAACCAGACGAAAGAGAGAUUGAUAUUGCUUAGGGUGGAUAGAUCUUUAGUAGAGUCGAACUUCUGUAAUUUUUAGUUCUUUUCCAAGUAUUAUAUUGAUGGUGAUAAAUGUAUACUUUUGUUUUGGCAGUAAAUAUGUAUAUCUAUAUAGGUUUGAUAA